CAGCUCUCAUUCGAAUGCUGGCUAACUUCAUGGGUCACUCAGUGUUUCAAAUGGGCUUACAAGACUAUUUAACCAUUCACAAGUAUGGCAAUGCAGCCAGGAAUGAUCUUUGGAACACGCUCUCAAAGGCUUUAAAAAGGGUUGGAAAAUCUGUAAAUAUCCAAGAAGUGAUGGACCAGUGGACACUGCAGAUGGGUUACCCUGUGAUCACUGUCUUGGGAAAUGAAACUACAGACAACGUCGUAGUGAUCUCCCAAGAGCGCUUUGUCUACGAUGCUAGGCCCAAGGAUCCCGCCCUUGGAGACAGCAGCUACUUGUGGCAGAUUCCAUUAACAAUUGCAGUAGGAAAUACGAGCCACAUCUCAUCAGAGGCAAUUAUAUGGGUGUCUAACAAAUCAGAGCAGCACAGAAUUCCUGCUUUGGAAGAGGCGGAUUGGCUGCUGGGGAACAUCAACCAGACCGGCUACUUUAGAGUCAAUUACGACGUGAGGAAUUGGAGGCUGCUAAUUAAUCAGCUAACAAGGAACCACGAGGUUAUCUCAGUCAGCAAUCGAGCAGGCCUGAUCGAUGAUGCCUUCAACCUGGCCAGAGCUGGUUAUUUACCUCAGAGUAUUCCUUUGGAGAUUAUCAGAUACCUCUCAGAGGAGAAGGAUUUUCUGCCCUGGCACGCUGCCAGCCGAGCGCUUUACCCACUAGAUAAAUUGCUGGACCGCACAGAAAGCUACAACAUCUUCAAUGAGUAUAUUUUAAGACAAGUUGCAUCGAUGUAUCUCAAGCUUGGAUGGCCAACCAAUAACUCAAACAAAUCACUGGUGCAAGCUUCCUACCAGCAUGAGGAGCUGCGCCGGGAGGUCAUCAUGCUGGCCUGCAGCUUUGGGAACAAGCACUGUCACCAGCAGGCUGCAACCUUGAUCUCAGACUGGAUUUCCAGCAACAGGAACCGGAUCCCACUCAAUGUGAGAGACAUUGUCUACUGCACAGGGGUCUCACUGAUGGAUGAGGAUGUCUGGGAGUUCAUUUGGAUGAAGUUCCAUUCUACCACCGCUGUGUCUGAGAAGAAAAUAUUGUUGGAAGCCUUAACUUGCAGUGAUGACAGAAACUUGCUCAACAGGCUCCUGAACCUGUCUCUCAACUCUGAGGUUGUCCUGGAUCAGGAUGCCAUUGAUGUGAUCAUCCACGUGGCUCGGAACCCACACGGCAGGGACCUUGCCUGGAAGUUUUUCAGAGAGAAAUGGAAAAUACUAAAUUCUAGGUAUGGAGAAGCAUUAUUUAUGAAUUCAAAGCUUAUCAGUGGAGUCACAGAAUUCCUCAAUACUGGAGAAGAGCUAAGAGAGCUGAAGAACUUCAUGAAGAGUUACGAAGGGGGAGCUGCUGCCUCUUUCUCCCGUGCCGUGGAGACAGUGGAAGCCAACGUGCGGUGGCAGAGGCUUUACAAGGAAGAACUCUUCCAGUGGCUGAGGAAAUCCUUGACACAUUAGUCUGUCUGUCCAGCCAACCAUUGCCCAGGAUGCUCUGCAAGGGGAGGAGGAGGCCUUUUCAGAAGUGUUGCAGAGGAGAAUCCUGGAGAGCAGCUCGGAUUGCAGGGAUGGAUGAGGGGGGUUUUCCUUUUGAUUUGGGGCUUUUUUUUACACUGCACUCUUGCAGAGCUGUCAAGAAGCUUCUCAGAAGAGAAGGUCAUGAAUGCUUGUGAGACCCAGUCCUCAGUGUACACAACCAACCAUGCUAUUAAGUGGUGCAUGUAAAUGUUGAAGAGAAACAAACUGACAAACAGAAACCAACCUUCACAGACGGUUCUGUGCAUGCUCGUGCCGUCCCUGCCUGUAUUCUAGCAUGCUUGUGCAUAACAGCCACAUUUUGUAUGUGAGUUCCAGCUGCAUCCAAUAUGGGCAUUAUACAAAGCACAAAGACUACCUACGACAAUCAGCGUUGCCGUGAACAGCGUGGCAGCCAGGAGGAAGGACUGCAGAGGGCUUCCAGCUUGGGGCAGGAUGAGUUGUGAAGUCAGCUGCUCUCUCCUGCUAGCUUCCCAUUGGGCUGGCACUCAGACUGUCUCUUACUGCUUGCAGAGAUGCCAGCUCCUGUUUUGAGUUGCUGGUUUUGUCUGCGGUCUCCAUAUUCCCA